AUGCCGGGAGAGUCCCUUUCCUCCGUGCCGGCAGCGGUGUUCGACGCUCCGAGCAGCGGAGACACGGGGCCGUUGGAAAGACAGGAAGAAAGCCGAUUUUCAGUCCCUGGAGCAAGUGCGAGUCCCCAGUCUCGGUCUCCCUCUUCAGGCAUUGGAGACGUUCGGGAGUCUCGCGGCGUGGAGCGAGUGGCAGGUCCGCCCGCAGCCUCCCGUGGCCAGCGGCAUGACGAGAACGGGGGUCAAUCUUCUUCACGAUCACGUCUCGCGAAACUGCUGACAAGACUCUCCUCAGGCGGUGACCAGAACGUGCAUGCGAGGCCGUCUGCGUUACCUCAGUUAGGUGCCGAAACGUCUGGAUCUCCGCCCGAAAGCGAUGCCACACACGCCCGGGAAGACAGCGCCGCCAGUUUGCAUGCAGCCUCGCGUGUGUCUGAGGGUGUCUCCUCAACGUCAGUCGAAGCUCCAUCUGCGUCUGGGCCCCAGACCUCCCACAUUCCGCGGUUGCCAUCCCAAGGCGGUGGCCUCGUGUCUCCGCCCUCAGCUUCGCCGCCCUUCGCUUCUCUGGAGACUCAAGGGAGUCCGUCUGAACCCCAUCCGGAAUCGCACCUUGCUGACGCGUUUAAAAACCGGUCCGCUGUCCACGGACACGGGAUGGGCGGGGCGUAUCCUGGCAGGCCUUCGAGAAGUGUCGAAUCGUUUGUCGUCGACGUGCGGGGUCGAUGGUUUUCCGAACCGAGUCACCGUCGGCGGGGCCAGAGAGCUGAGGGAGGCUCUAAGUCUCGACGGCAUAGGCAGCCCCGCAAUCCGGCAGGGCGGACAGGCGGGGACAUGUCUGUUCCCCGAGGAGGCCCGGCGCUGGCGGGGACCAGUUUCGCCCACUCGGUCGCCUGCGCCGUUCCUUUCGUUCGUGCGCAAGACGGGGGCGCGGCUCUUGCUGCUGGGAAGUAUGUAGUGAAACACAAUGCAUCAAAGGCUCUGCAGGCCUUGCGAGCUGUGCAGGCAGAGAUCGACCGUGGAGAGCAACUCCAUAACAUGUUGGGAAUUCAAAAGUAUACGGAGGAACAGAAACUGAAGGAACUGGCGGCUGCGGAACCGGCCGAAGACUUCGCUGAUCAGCUGACAUGCGACUUGAAACUGCUCCGAUACUACACCAACACGGAAGCGGAACUCGAACUGCGCGAUAGGCGGGCACGAGCCUUCAUCUAUUCCCCGCUUGCGCAGAUCGUCAUGGCCGUGAUCAUCAUUUUCAAUGUUAUCUUCCUUGGCUUCUCCACGCUCGAAGUUUCUUCCCGGGAAUAUAUAUGGGACGACACUCAGGAAAGCUUGAAGCUAAAGCGUGACGCACCCCUUUUCGUAGCGCUGUGUAGUCUUAACUGUUUUUUCGCACUUGCCUUCUUCGUGGAAAUGGUGCUCCGGGUUAAAUGCGACGGGUUGGCGCACUUCCACGAUUUCGUCAACGUCAUGGAUUUCGUCAAUGCAUGGUUUGGGGUUGCCGACCUCUUUAUUGUCUCCAUCGGCUUCUUCCAGAAAGUCGAAAACGGUGUCUUCAACUCCGUUGUCGCUCUCCUCAAGCUGGCUCGGUUGUUGCGCGUUCUGAGAUUCAUACGCAUCUUGAAGUCUUUCCUUCCGAUGCGUGUGCUGGUGGAAGGAAUGGAGUCGUCCUUCUUUUCCCUCCUUUACGCUGCAUCGUUCUUCCUUAUCUUCAUCUACGGCUUCGCCGUCUUCUUCACCACCGCCUUCGGCUUCACUGCCGAGGUCAAGGAAUACUGGGGCGACCUUUUCACUUCAAUGUACACGUUGUUCCUCAUUCUAACCAUGACAAACUGGAACGAGAUCGCGCAGCGCACGUCCGUCCACUUCACCUGGGCGAAGCUGGCAAUCAUUAUGUACACCAUUUUCUCCUACUUUGUUCUCUUCAACGUAGUCACAGCCGUUAUCGUGGAGGCGUUUUCAACAACAGCUGGUCGCUUGGAGGACGAGGCCUCGCAUUUCUCCAUGUUUACGGAUUUCCAAGUGAACGAACAGCGCUUUGAAAGUGCCAUGGCGGCUGCCCAGCUUCUCCGAAAUCGUCGCGGCGAGGUGACUUCGCUCCGGCCUUCCAGUGAAUGUAGCGGUCGCCGUAAGAACGUUUCUUCCUCGGGUCUCCGUCUGGGUGCUGAAGGAAACAGCCCUCCGAAGGGCGAGGAGAACAACAGCUGCCGCCAACAAGGGACACCGAGGUCGGUGGGACCGGUCGACAGCACUUCAAAGCUUAGUGCAGCUUCCCGGGAGGACACUGCUUCGAGAGGCUUCAGAGGGCAGCACAGUUGGGGGAGGUCGGAGCGGGGAUGGGACAUAGCGAGCGUGGACGACGAUUUCCCGUGUGCUUGGCGAGCAAACAGCAUGCGGCGACGCCUGAGACCGAACCGGGAUGACUCAACGUUUUCCGAAAGCAAAGUGUCGCUAGUCCCGAAUACUCUCGAUGAGGCUUUCCUCGACGUUGCCCCUGACAGCCCUUAUCUCGAUCUGGCCCGCAGUCACCCGCUGCAGAUUCUUGGAGAAAGGCGAGUCCAACUGGCCAUGCGAAAAUGUGGAAUCUCGUAUAUCCAGGCGUACGAUUGCCUCACGAUUCUUGUGCAGAAGGGUUUUGAAGAGAUUACAGGUCAAAACCAACUGGGCGACGACCUGCAGAACUUGACUCCAGACUAA